UGUGCCGCUAGAUGGGAGGUCGGGAGGCGGCAGCGUGGGGCUGGAGGCAGGCUGGCGGCGUUAUCUUCUCUUCACCACCCUUCACACACGCCAAAUGGGAGCUUACUAGUGAACUAUGAGUAUGGAAGGAUGUGUUCAUCUUUCUGAGUUCAAGUCGACGAAAGGAACGCAGCCAUUCCGCUUAAUCUACAGCUUCUUCGUGUUCUGCACGAGUAAGGCGGCGCGGCAACAGAAGGCAAAAUGGUGUGUGUGCUCAGUAUGUGGCAAUCACAGUCCCAGGCUUCACGCCUGCUUACACUGUGUUCAUUUUGCAUGUUAUCAGGGCCAUAUUCAAGAUCAUUCAACCUCCAUGCAACACAAUCUAGUUGUGGAUGUAGAGCAAGGUCAAAUUUUGUGUAUGGCGUGUGGUGAUUAUGUUUAUGACUUGGAGGUUGGCCGCAUUGCGCAGGCCUGCAAGGAAAAGUUCCGCCGAUCACUUGGGUUGGACACACAGUACAGAGCAUGGGAACCAGAUGCAGUAGAAAUGACUCUACUUCAAGCUCAUCCCAAAAGACGAAGACCUGCUGCAAAUUCAACCAUAGGGCUUCGUGGCUUAAUCAAUCUAGGUAACACAUGCUUCAUGAGCUGCAUCAUCCAGGCCUUGACGCACACGCCACUGCUUAGAGACUACUUCCUUUCUGACAAGCAUGUUUGUCAGUUUAAUAAUGAUGCAACACGCUGCUUGGUCUGUGAAAUUUCUAGACUCUUCCAGGAGUUCUACAGUGGGAACAAAGCUCCUUUGAUCCUCCACAAACUGCUUCACCUCAUAUGGACUCAUGCCAGACACUUGGCAGGUUAUGAGCAGCAGGAUGCACACGAGUUCUUUAUCGCAGCCCUUGAUGUCUUGCAUCGCCAUUGCCAGGGCAAUCCUCCCUCCAAUGGAGACUCCACACAUACAUGUUCCUGUAUUAUAGACCAAAUUUUUACUGGUGGACUUCAGUCUGAUGUUGUGUGUCAGGCAUGCAAUGGAGUCUCAACUACAAUAGACCCAUUUUGGGAUAUUUCGCUGGACCUGGGACCAUGUCCCUAUGGCACCAGCAAAGCCGAUAAAACAGUUCCCACUUCUCUUGCUGACUGCUUAGAUCGGUUUACUCGACCAGAGCAUUUAGGUAGCAGUGCAAAAAUUAAAUGUAGUGGAUGUCAAAGCUACCAAGAAUCAACAAAACAGCUUACUAUGAAGAAACUUCCUAUAGUAUGUAGUUUUCAUCUAAAGAGAUUUGAACAUAGCAACAGAUUACACAAGAAAAUAUCCACCUUCAUCUCCUUUCCUGAACAUUUGGACAUGACUCCAUUUAUGUCUAACAGAAGAAACAAUAAUAACAACCAUAAUGGUGUCACAACUCAUCCAACUGAUAUUAAUAAUAGAUAUUCUCUGUUUGCGGUAGUAAAUCACGUAGGCAACUUAGAUGCUGGUCACUAUAGCGCAUAUGUCCGUCAGCAACCUAGUGACCAGAGGGACAAAUGUGAUGAGCCACAUGAUAACUCAGCAAAACCAUCCAGGAUGUGCUUUCAAGAGUGA